AUGGCAGGGCACAUCUUCCUUGUCUCUUGCCUGCUAGCUAUAUGCCUGCCCAUUGUCUUCGUACAGCUACCUCGCUUCGAGACUAUCAAAGACAUGCGCGCUGAGAACGAGGCAGAAGAACGAUCCGCGGUACUACGACAACGAUCACCGUCACCAUCGCAGAAGAUACUGCGAUGGAUCACAGGACCCUGGUCCGAGACCGACGUCGACACCACGGAUGCGGGGUCGGGGCAGAAGCAAGUCGAUCAUGAGCAAAUCGCGCAAACGGCUGCUCGAGGACGAUGGGAUCAGGGUGACUCCAGGACCGCCUUCGGGGCGGAUGCGUGUGCGGAUAGUGGAGCCUCGUCGAAAGAGGAGGAAUUAGAGACAUCAAAGGCAGAGAAGAAGCCUUGGGAUCCGCCGUUCAGGAGGCAGCUUCCGAGGACUGAGCUUGUCAAGAAGAGUAUUGGCAGUCGGUUGCAUCUUGGUACGGACACUCCACUAGCCCGCAAGACCGGACGUGGCAUGGAAGCACGAGGUGUUGCAGUGAGAUUGUUUCCACCAGAUUCUGUCCCUGAAGUGGAAGAUGUGAAGAGAGGCUCGCAGACGUCUCCAGCACCGCCACAAACGCCACAAGAACCAUUACACCGACGGCCAUACCCUACGACCCAGUUGCAGUUCCACAAUACCAAGCAUAGCGUAUUCCCUCACCAGCAUCACUCGGAACCUUUGUCCGCCCGAAACACGCCACAACAACAAACGGAUGCACAGUCUCUACCCUCGCCGCUCGAUGGAGCUCACCACACACUGCAGCCACAACGCUUUCCACAGAUGACGCUUGAUGACGCUUCGAACGUAGCUGUCCAGUGUGCUCCCAAAGAUGCUGCCAAAGCGUCAAGUAAGGCACGCGAACGAGGCCUUCCACUAUGGCAAGUCUUGUUGGUCACCAUGGGAUUCAUCAUAUUCGUCUUCGCGUUCGCUAUUCUGAUUUCGCAUUGUCUAGCUUGGUUCAUUGUGUACAAGACGGAAGCAAGACUGGGUGAAGUGCGUAGCGGACUGCUCAAGGGCGGAGAAAUGAAAUUGUGCCUUUGCGGCAAAGGUUAA